CUCAGGUUCAUUAUUAUGUUACAUCUCCUCAGCUCCUCCACAAACACCGUCAACGACUCUCGGCAGCUCAGGGAGCCGUCAAGUGAAGCCCACUCGUGGGAGAAAGAGGAGCCCGUCGAGCAGCUGGCCGCACAGGUAGCAGCAUCCGCCAUAGGAUGAACCAUAUUGGACACUUCCAUGCGUGUCUUCUCAGCACUUAGCGGCACUUUGUCCAAUGUGUUGGACAUAAUUUACUUUUUGGACCAUGAGGACGAUAAAUGUUCAUCCACCUCAGAGGAGACUCAGGUGCAGCCGUGUCCUUUUUUUCAUCAUAGGCGUGCUUCUGUGCUUCUUCUACUCACUGAUGCUGAGAGCCAGGCUGUCGGAGCUUUCCACCCAGACAAACGUAGAAGAAAAAGAAGGUGAUGAUGUUUUACAGGUCAAGGUUCGGGAGGCGAUUGCACGAAAUGUGACGCAAGAAGAGGUCACGUUGCCUGCAAGCACCCCAUCCACCCCUGUAGUUAUCAUCGUCAACAGGACGGAUAUCGAACAGUGUAUUUACGUUGAACCACAACCUCCUCCCACCACCAUCACGCCCACACCACGUCCUCCACCACAGCCGCCUCACAGAAAGGGUGAAUACCCAGAGGACAUCUUCUCAGUGGAGCAGCGACGCCAAGGCUGGGUGGUGCUACACGCCAGCGGGAUGAUUUACAUGUUUGUGGCCCUCGCUAUAGUCUGCGAUGAGUUCUUCGUUCCGGCCUUAGAGGUCAUCACAAACAAGCUGGACAUCUCCGACGAUGUGGCCGGCGCCACAUUCAUGGCUUCUGGCGGCUCGGCUCCGGAGCUUUUUACGUCACUGAUCGGCGUCUUCGUCUCUCACAGCAACGUAGGCAUCGGCACCAUCAUAGGCUCGGCCGUCUUCAACAUCCUCUUUGUGAUAGGCAUGUGUGCCAUCUUUUCCCGCGAAGUGCUGCACCUGACAUGGUGGCCGCUCUUCCGGGACGUGUCCUUCUACACCCUGGACCUCAUAAUGCUUAUCGUCUUCUUCCUGGACAACAUGAUUCUGUGGUGGGAGAGCGCCAUGCUGGUGCUGGGCUACGUCAGUUAUGUGUGCUUCAUGAAGUUCAACAGUCACAUCGAGCAGGUGGUCAAGACGCAGCUCAACAAGCACAUGAGCAUCGUGCAAGCAUGGAGCACCCAGGACCCUAAGGAGAGGGACCCAACAACCUCGCCUCCACCUCGUCCCGCUGCCUUCGCUGAGAAAAAUAAAGAAGAUAAAUCCAAGCAUCAAUCGGAGCUUCUUCAGAGCCCUCUUCCAUCAAGCAAGCCACCUGAUCUACAAGAGGACAAAGACAAACUCAGGGUACGUCCUGUUCUGCAGCGAGGCGGGAGCGCUGCCUCCCUCCACAACACAUUAUUAAGGAGCACCAUUUUCCAGCUGAUGAUCCACACACUGGACCCACUGGGAGAAGAUUCAACCGUUAGUGGGGCGUUCAAACCCCCUACUACAACAAAAGCUAGGGGAGAGACCUCCACUAAUAGCAAUGUCAGAGGAGAGGGGUUAAUGCAAAAGAAAGCAAAGAACAGAGUAAAGCCUCAGAAUGUCCCUGACACAGAAAAGUCACAUCAGUUCCACAUGGAAGAUGAAGAUCGCAAGCCAAAAUGUGAGCUGUCUCCCGCGGGUGCCUCCAACAUCGCUGCAGUCAAGCAGUCUACCACUCAGCCUUCAGCUGAGGAGAUCAAGAGCAUGGACAACAACCGUAAUGGCUCACAGGGGAGCUCGGGAGGCAGCAGUGACGAUGGGAGUGGUGACGGUGACAGCAGCAACUCCGGCGAAAGUGAGGACGACAAUGGAGAGGACGAAGGGGAAGAGGAAAAUGCGCCCUUGUCUUUGGAUUGGCCGGAAAGCAGACGCAAACAGGCCACGUACCUUGUCUUGCUGCCCAUUGUGUUCCCGUUGUGGCUCACCCUGCCUGAUGUCCGCAACCCGAUGUCCAAGAAAUACUUUACCUUCACCUUUAUCGGCUCAAUCCUGUGGAUUGCAGUUUUCUCCUACCUGAUGGUGUGGUGGGCUCAUCAGGUGGGUGAGACGAUGGGUAUCUCAGAGGAAAUCAUGGGUCUCACCAUCCUGGCGGCAGGGACAUCCAUCCCCGACCUCAUCACCAGCGUCAUUGUGGCCCGCAAGGGUUUGGGAGACAUGGCUGUGUCCAGCUCAGUGGGGAGUAACAUCUUUGACAUUACUGUAGGCCUGCCGGUCCCCUGGCUCUUGUACUCGCUGUUGCACGACGGGGCCCCUGUGGCCGUCAGCUCCAACGGCCUGUUCUGUGCCAUCGUGCUGCUCUUCCUCAUGCUCCUCUUCGUCACCAUCUCCAUCGCCACCUGCCGUUGGAAAAUGAGCCGAACGCUGGGCCUCGCCAUGUUCGCGCUCUACUUCGUCUUCCUCAUCCUGAGUGUCCUGCUGGAAGAUCGCGUCCUCGUUUGCAGCAUCUCUAUCUGAGGUGAAUCACUUUAGACCCCCUUAAAUGUCCUCCUACUAGUUCUGUUACAGUGAGGCAAAAAAGUAUUUAGUCAGCCACAGAUUGUGCAAGU